AUGUCAACUGCCGCUCAAGAAGAGUUCAACGACCUGGUCGCCAAGAACACAUAUCGCGAAACCCUCCACCCCGAGGACCGUGACGACCCCGAUCUUAAGAACCACCAAGAUCUUUCCGAAGAAGACGUUUUCCGUAACGCCCAGAUCGAUAACGCAAUGCGCAUGCCUACUGUCGAUCGCCUCACCGGCGCUGGCGCCUCUGAGAUCAAGCUCCCUCCUGUCUCUUUCGACAGCGGCCGCGCUACUGGCGUCAAGGGAGUCAUUGCCGAUGCGAGAAACUACGAGGCUGCCCGCAAGAACAAGUGGCGACACCGAGUCCGCACUGCCCGCAACAGCAUCUUCGGCAUUGAAGCUCCCACUCCCGUCAAGAGCGAUACCGAGAGCAGCGAUGACGAUGCGAAGAGCGCAAGUGAUGCCGACGAGGAGGCUUUCCUUGCUGAGUGGCGCGAGAGCCGACGACGUGAGCUUGAGAGCGAGGCCAGCCGAUCUGUUAGAAAUCGACGAACAAGUCCCAGUGUACGCAUCUAUGGCCGACUAGAUGAGGUCGAUGCUCUUGGCUACCUCGACGCCAUUGAGAAGGUUGGAAGGGAAACAACUGUUGUCGUGUUUGUGUAUGAUCAUGAGUGUGAGGUCUCUGCUACUAUCGAGUCAGCACUCAUGCCCAUUGUCAAGACCAACCCCGAGGUUCACUUCGUCAAGGUCCACUAUGAAGAGAUCGAAUUUGACAACGCUGCCGUGCCCGCUAUGCUCGGAUAUCGAAACCAAGGUGACCUGUUCGCCAACUUGACAGGUCUGAUCGAGAUGAUCCCUGACGAUGAGACCUUUGGCACCUCAUCGUUAAAGCAACUACUACAACAACACACUAUUCUAUAA